CUUACGUAGUUUUUAUUUAAGGAAAGAAUUUAAGACUAUUAAUUAAUAUGAUAAUUAGUUUAAUAAAAAGUAUAAUAUAUAUUUAUAUGGACCAACAUAUUUUUCUAAGGAUUUCUGAGAAUCAUCCUAGUGAUGACACGUGGCUACAAAACAUGUUGUAAUGUUCCAGGAUUAAUAUAUAGGGGAUUUGCCACUGGGCUUCUUUACUUGUCUUGUCUCAAGCAAUCCCGGUUUGUUUACCGAACUGAACCGGUGAUUUUAAAUAACCGGAAUGAAAAGAACCCCCCAAUAUUGCCUUCUAAUUUAAAAACCCUAAAUUUCAUUGGACGUUUCAGCUUCUUCAGAUGCAUUUGCAUUGUCUUCUCCAACUGAAAGCCUGAACCUUCUCCACCAUCUGCCUUUUGGCUGCUGCAUGUUUUCUCACCGAGUGUAUUGAACUUAGCUUCUGCAACAAGGUAGUUUAAUAUACAUACCUAUUUUUUGGCGUGUGUAGAGAAGAUGGAUCGUGUGAGCAAUCUACCAGACGAGCUUCUUUGUCAUAUCUUGUCUUUCCUUACAACAAAGGAGGCUGCUCUGACAUCGAUUCUCUCAAAGAGGUGGAGAAAUAUGUUUGUGUUUGGUCCCAAUCUUGACAUCGAUGACUCUGAGUUUCUGUAUCCACAAGAGGGUAAACGGGAAAGGGAUGGUGUUCUAGAGAGCUUCAUGGAGUUUGUGGAUAGAGUAUUGGAACUGCAAGGAACUUCUACUAUUAACAAAGUCUCUCUCAAAUGUAGAACCGGUGUCGAUGCAAAACGCGUGGAUCGUUGGAUAUGUAAUGUGUUGGCCCGUGGUGUUUCCAACCUUGGCCUAAGCAUUGUUCUUGGAGAUAGAUAUCGGCUGCAUCCAAGAGGGUUCGAGAACAGGAAACUAGUGAAGCUGAAGAUAGGAAGUGGGAUUGAUCUCGGUUGGUGUAAUGGGGCCAUUUACUUACCCAUGCUGAAGACUCUCGUACUUGAAUCAGUUGAAUUUUGCGCUGAUUAUAAGCUAAAGAUGCUUCUUGCUGCCUGCCCUGCGCUCGAGGUGCUAGAAAUGGAUAACGUUAAGGGACUAGAUCAUUCGAAUGAGACCGUGUCAAGUGCAAGCCUCAAGAGCCUGAUAAUUAAAUCAAGUCUCGUCUCUUCAGCCACUUUCUCAUUUGAUACACCGAGUCUCGUUUUCUUAUAUUACUCAGAUUUCGUUCCGGAAGACUACCCGUUAGCUAACUUGCAGAAUCUAUCCGAGGCUCGGAUCAACAUUAGUUUAACUGAUGAUCAAGUGGAACGAGCAAGAUUCCCAAAUGAGUAUGAUGAUGAGUACGAUGACGCUGUUCGACUUGUUAAUAUGGCAAAGCUCAUGAGUGGCAUACGAAAUGUUCAGAGACUUUACUUCAACUCCACUACUCUCGAGGUGCUUUCUCUAUGUUGUGAGUCAAUGCCGGUGUUCAACAACCUCAAAGUGUUGGGUUUUUAUAGUGGCAAGAGUGUAUGGGAAGCAGUGCCAGUUCUCCUGAAGAACUGUCCACAUCUAGAAACUCUAUGCAUUACGGGACUUCUACAUCUUGUGACGGAAACAUGCGGGGAUGUCUGUGACUGCAUUCCCCGGGAGGAUAAAGGCCGUUCAAUCGCAUCUUGUCCGGUGAAGGGAAUAGAGAUUGAAGGGUUUAUAGGAACAAUGAGAGAGAUAACGAUGAUCAGUCAUUUCUUGGAGUAUUUUCCGUGUUUGGAGGAUAUACUAAUCACCGUUGAAGGGAAUUGUCCUACAAAUGAGUUUGAUGUCCCUGAAGCUACUGAUUUUAAAGCGCAGAUGUUGGAACUCUACUACAAGUCGUUGAGCUGCAAUGUGGAGAUCUUUGUAUGCGAGUCUUUGGAUAGAAAGUUGACUGGCGCAAUGAAGUUUAGCGAGGAACAAAUAUUAUGGGAGCGUCCAACCCACAAAGACAACAGAAACUGAUUAUGUUGUUGUUCUUUGUCUUCCUAUAGUUAUGGUAUUUCUCUGAAUGUUGGCAGCAACCUUUGUCAUUUGGACUAAGAAGUAAGAUCACUAACAAAGCUCUAGGAAGCAUUAGCAGAUCAGUGGCCAUUCUUAAGUUUUCAAUGUCUCUGCCUCUUGCGUGAACAACAAUUUUCAGCAACUUAAAGGCGUUAAAACAGCCCUAGGAAAGGCUUUAAGUGCUCUAAUUCUCAGCUCCAUCACCAAACUCAACGUUUUCUUUUUCUGAAUGAUGGUAUAGAGA